AUGAUUUCAGACUACGAUGCUCUUUUACAAUUUAACAAAAGGCCUAUCUCGCAAGAAAUGAUUCAGUUCUUAGCAACGUCUACCGCUUCCAUAAUUCAAAUCAGACAAACCAGUACCCCAAACCAUGGAUUUAAUCGACCACCCGAUUUAUCGACUUUCAUUAAAAACGUAGUUAUUCAGUCAAACGUACAAACACCAACUCUUAUGGCCACCUCCGUUUAUCUAAACAAACUGAGAAACAUAAUCCCAAGGAACGUUUACGGCAUCGAGACCACAAGACACCGCAUAUUUUUAGGAUGCCUGAUACUAGCUGCCAAAACCUUGAACGAUUCGUCCCCGUGGAACAAACACUGGACCACAUAUACGGAAGGUUUACUUCGAGUACGUGAAGUAAAUACCAUCGAACGCGAACUAUUGGAAUACUUCAAUUGGGAUGUUAGAAUAACCACACAUGACUUGGUUGAUGCCCUUUCCUACUUCUUGGUGCCAAUCAAAGAACAAUUAUUUAGGCAAAAACGACAAGAACUACUAUUGUUCAAUGCUCCAAGUCCUGGUCAGCUGAAAGAAUAUAUUAAUCACAGAAGACCAGUUUCACAUUCUAGGUCUUCGUCUACUAUGUCAGUUCCUUCGCUGGCAUCCAUGGUGACAGUAUCAACAACAGACUCCAGGUCUUCUGUAACUUCAAAACUGCUACCGUCUGUGCCUUUGGUGCAACCUGAUAAUUUCAAUAAGGAGAAUUAUGUGCCGUCAAUGAAUAGUAGCUAUGUAUGCAACAAGUUCGGGACUCAAGAAAAGGUAGGUUCAGUAGAUUAUAUCGACAUAUCUCCACAAAAUUUGCAGAUAACACCGCAUAAACCUGCAGUUCAUCAAAGGUUGAAUUUCACAAGGAAAGGCUGGUCAUCCUUUUUCAAGCAGUAA